CACCUGCCGGCACAGAGCCUUCUUCUUCCCGUACGCCUUUGUAAUUCCCGUCGCGAGCUUGUCUCCACGCCCCUUAUCUUUCCACCGCGUGCACACGCCCGCCCGCUCUGCGCUCGCAACUCGUUGAUACCCAGCACAACACCGCAACCAUGUCUGCCGAAGAGACGAAGCCCGCCGUUACCGCCGAGUCCGGCACCGUCGAGCCCACGCCCGCUCCUGCCGGCGUCGUGGCCGAGGACAAGCCCGCCGAGGCUGUUGAGCCCAAGCCGGAGGAGGCCGCGAAGCCGGAGGGCGAGGCAGCUGCUCCAGCUGAGGUCAAGAAGGAGGAGAAGCCCGUGGAGCCCAUCUACAGCGGCGCGCUUGGCUACAAGGCCCCCGGUCUGAAGAACGCGUUCCGCUUCUCCAAGAAGUACUUCUGGUUUGGCGAGGAGCCGGUCCCGGCCUCGAGCCUGGGCCAGUACCUGCGCGGCGAGAAGGCUGAGGUCGCGCACCCGGUUGCUGCCUGGUCGAGCGUCACCGGAAAGGGCCUGCUCUACUUCGUCAAGCACGCCGACCAGAAGGAGACGCCUGCCGGUGUCCUGAACCUGGCUGAUGCAACUGAGCUCACCAAGGAUGGCACCAUUGCCUUCCACUUCAAACUUCAUGGCGGCAAGCACACCUUCGAGGCGCAGUCCGCCCCCGAGCGGAACGGAUGGUUCGUCGCCGUGGAGAAGGCUAUCGAGGAGGCCGUCGCUGCUAAGGAAGGCAUUGUCUCCGGCGAGGCCUAUAAGGAGCAGCUCGAGAAGCUCGGCAAACCCGCCACGCUAGCGGCCACCACCGCUAAGGAGGGCUCCACCCCCAAGAAGAGCACCGACGUCACAAAGCCCGCGGAGGAAGAAGAAGAAGAAGGCCAAGAGCAAGAGCCGCUCCGUCUCCCGCGGCAAGCGUGCCUCCAUCUUCGGUGGCAUCCUUGGAAAGAAGGAGAAGCCCGAGGAGAAGGCUGAGGAAAAGAAAGAGGAGGACAAGAAGGAAGAGACUCCCGCUGUCGCCGGCGAACCUUCCACCGCCGCUCCAGUCAUCACCGAGGACGUUCCCAAGCCCGCCGAGGAGGCGAAGGCUGAGGAGACU